AUGGAGGUCCACGAGAAUAUGAACAGCACUAGCAGCAGAAGCAGCAGCAGCAGCAGCAGCAGCAGCAGCAGCAGCAAAGGGCAGAGGCAGUGCAGCAGCAUCCCAGCUGCUCUGGCGUCUCUGCUAUCGCAGCAAGACGGCAGCAAUGAGGUGCAGCAGCUGCUGCAGCAGCAGCUGCAGCAGCAGCAGCAGCAGCAGCUGCCUCGCUACUUCUGCUGCUUCUUCCCUCCCCCUCCUCUCAAUAGAAGGGGCUUGGGCUCGCUGCUGCAGCAGCAGGCUGCUGUCGCCUGCACCUGCAGCAGCAGCAGCAGCAGCAGCAGCAGCAGCAGCAGCAGCAGCAGCAGCAACAACACCAACAGCAGCAGCAACAACAACAGCAGCAGCAACAACAACGACAGCAGCAACAGCAACAACAACAACAGCAGCAGCAACAACAACGACAGCAGCAACAGCAGCAGCAGCAGCAGCAGCAGCAGCAGCAGCUCUGAGCUGUGUGCUGCAUGCAUACUGAGGCAGCAGCUGCUGCACCCCUUUGAUGCUGCUUCUGCUGCUGCUGCUGCUGCACUGAGGCCUAAACCAGGCAGCAGAUGUCUUGACUUGUGCUGCGCCCCAGGCAACAAACUGCUGCUGCUUGCUGCUGCUGUCUCGCCACAAAACGCAGCUGCUGCAGCAGCAAAAGCUGCAGCAGAAGCAGCUGCAGCAGCAGCAGCAACUGCAGCAGCACAACCACUCAAAACAACAACAGCAGCAGCAGCACCACCACCACCACCAACAGCAGCAGCAGCACCACCACCAGCACCACCAACAGCAGCAGCAGCAGCAACAACUACAGCAGCAGCAGCAGCAGCAGCAGCAGCAGCAGCAGCAGCAGCAGGGUUUGUGGUUGGUGUGGAUGUGAGCCCCCAUAGAAUGGAGAUAUGCCGGCGGCUGCUGAGGAAGAACGGCUGCAGCAGCAGCAUGCUGGUGCUUGCUGAUGGCCGCAGCUUCGGGGGCAGCUCGUGCUGCCGCUGCAGCAGCAGCAGCAGCAGCAGCAGCAGCAGCAGCAGCAGCAGCAGCAGGGGAGGGAGUGGCAGCAGCAGGGGACAGAGGAAUUGCUGCAGCAGCAUUUAUCAUGAAGCAGCAGAUACAGCAGAAACAACUGCAGCAACAGAAACUGCAGCAGCAACUGAAACAGCAGCAGCAACAGCAGCAGCAGCAACAGCAGCAGCAGCAACAGCAGCAGCAGCAGCAGCAGCAGCAGCAAGCGUAAGAAAUAAAAAAGGCAGGCUGGCGAGAAAGAAAGAAAGAAGGAGACAGGAGGCCCACGAAGUCCCCCUGAUAUCUUUUAUACACAAUUCAGACAGCAGCAGCAGCAGCAGCAGCAACAGCAGCAGCAGCAGCAGCAGCAGCAGCAACAGCAGCAGCAGCAACAGCAGCAGCGGCAACAGCAGCAGCACCAUGAACCACAUCACCAACCACAGGAACUACAGCAACAGCAGCAGCAGCAGCACCACCAACAACGACAUCAACAGCAGCAGCAGCAGCAGCAACAGCAGCAGCAGCAGCAGCAGCAGCAGCAGCAACGAAGCAGCAGCAGCAGCAGCAGCAACUGAGUUUGACCGCGUGCUGCUGGACGUGCAGUGUACACACGACGCCAGCACGCGGCACAUCUAUCGUUUCUGCGGCGUCAUAGAGGAGCAGCUGCAGCAGCUGCAGCAGCUGCAGCAGCAGCUGCAGCAGCAGCACCAGCACCAGCAGCAGCAGCACCACCAGCUGCAGCAGCAGCAGCAGCAGCAGCAGGGGCAGGAGCAGGAGGAGGAGGAGGAAGAGCAGCAGGUGCUGCAGCAACAGGAACCGCAGCUGCAUUUGGUGCUGCUGCAGCGACAGCAGCAGCAACUGCAGCAGCUGCGAGAGCUGCAGCAGCAGCUGCUGCUGCGUGCAUAUGAUCUUCUCACUCCUGGGGGCCUCCUUGUAUACAGCAGCUGCAGCAACGACAGCAGACAGAACGAAGGGGUUGUGCUGCAGCUGCUGCAGCAGCGGGGGGCCCUUCUCUACCCUCUCCCCUGCAGCAACCUACUGUACCCUCCCAACACCCCAAACCACACAGGGGGGGGCCCCCAAGGAGGCUGGGGGGGCCCCCCCGUGUGUAUGCCCUGUGAGGGGGGCCCCCCGGGGGCCCCCCCUUUCUCUCUCACAGCUUAA